AUGGCUAUAAUUAAAGUCGUGCCAAAAAAAAUGGGAAACGUAAACAGCAUGUACAGGAAUCAGGGGCAAGGCCACAAUGAUUCAUAUUAUGAACUGAACGGCUCACUAGGAAGUGGUGGAGUGAACAGCUUUAUGGGGGCAGUGGGGACUACUGCGAUUUCUGAACCAUUCACGGGGCGCUGUCCAAUAGUUCCCCCGAGGCCUAGACUCCAGCUCCAAGGCUCGGGAUUCUUCAGCUGUAACUCCGCUCUCCAUUGUCUCUUGGAGCGGGAGAAGGAGAAAGACGGGUGGCAAACUGAGAAGGGCAGGAAGAGGUGGGCCCCGAGCAAGCUUGUCGGGACUGCCGAGGCAAUGAGAGCCGGUUGGGAGCCUGAGGAGAGGCAGCCCGAGGCCAAGAAAGCAUACUUAUGUACCAUUUUAUUUGCUGAAAACUGUGAAGUAACCCAUGACUACCUAUGUGAAUUUCUGAAGUAUGCAGUUCUGGGCAAAUCCAGUGUUCCCAAACCUAGAUGGGGCCAGCUUUUUCACCAAAACCACCUGAACAACGUUGUGAUUUUUGUACUUCAGGGAAUGAGUCAGCUACACUUUUACAGGUUCUAUUUGGAGUUUGGAUUUCUCCAAAAGGCAUUAAGACAUAAAUUCUGCUUGCCUUCUCCAUCAUCUGAUUUUCUAGCUGAUAUCACUGGACUGCAAAAGAAACAAACAAAUGGGGAUCUAUCCAGGACAAUGAAAGGUAUGGCUGUGAGUCUGGUUUCAAGGAAGGAUAUACAGAGUCCAGAUAGACGUGGUCAUGAUGCCACAGAUGCUAAAACAACCCUUGAAUUGGCCCAGUAUUUCCUUAAGUAUAGCUCAAAAAGGAUUGCAGAACUAAAUCUGGAGGCACUAGCUAGUCACCAAGAGCUGCAAGCAGCAGACCAGGAGCUGAGCAGUACACAGGAGCAACUAGGGAAUUUGGGGAAACUGUUGUUCUUAUCUUGACCUCUUUGCAGUGUUCUAGAACGCUUGGAGUCAGUGGGUCAGAAGCUCCUUUUCUUGACCCAGGAGGAAUGUACUAGUGAACUUUCUUCUGCCAGAAACUGUCAAACUAUUAAGUGCCUUUCAAAUAAGGAGGUUCUUGAGCAGGCCAGAGUGGAAAUCCUGUUUCUCUUCAGCCUCGUCCAGUUCUCUUUUGAACCCUUUUCACCCACCCUUACUGAGGAGAUGAACAAAAGGAAGAGGCUCAAGUGGACAGAGAUAUCAACUGUCUGUGCUGGGCCAUUUAGCAAAAAAUGCAAUCUUGGGGCUCUGAAGAGGCUGUUUAAGAGCUUUGGCCCAGUCCUGGAAAUCUUGCUUUUCCUGCAGCCACAUUUCUCCGAAGUCCUGGAGGCUGCCCAGUUGGCCACUGAGUCCUUGAACGGCACUCUGGUAGAAGAUAACUUUAUCAAGAUGCAGGGGCCUGUGAUGGAGCUCACCCUUGAUUGUGACACCCUUGUGGAGGAGCUAGAACGAGAUUCUGAGAACUGAGGUACCACAUAUCUCUCUGGAGUGACUGAAACCUUCCAAGAACAUCUGUUGCACAGUCACAUCUUUUUUGGCCUAGAAGCUGUGAUCUUGCCUAAAGAUCUUAAAAGUGGACAGAGAAAAAAAUACUGUUUCCUGAAAUUUAAAACUUUUGGCAGUGCCCAGAGGGCCCGCAACAUUCUCAUAGGCAAUGACUUGAAGCUCAAAGGCAGGCACACCCUCACCCCCCUGCACCUCCACACAUGGCUUCAGGACUUACCUCCUGAAGCAAGGCCCCCAGGACUUCGAGUCAUACCACCCCCCUCAAAACAGCAGAUCUUGCAGACUCUGAAGGUGGACCACCCAAAGACAGCAGCCUGGCACUGGGGCCAGAAGAUAGGGAAGCUCUACCAUAGCCUGAGCUCAGGCACCCUCUGCCUCAUCCUGCUGCCAGGAACCAAGAGGUAUGGACUGAAGAGUUGUUCCUUCAUGAUUUGGACCCCUGGACUCCUUAGAGAAAGGCCUUUUGUUGAUGUCCAGGCAUGUAAAUGA